UGGCCGACGAUUCGAAGAUUGACAUUGCUCGUGUUUAACCAUUUCAGUCAUAGUUUUCAACAUGGCGUCUCGUCACUUACUCAACGUGGAAAAUAAGGGAUAUUCUGGCGCGUUGGGAAGUUUUGUGAUGGGAACAAAUGACAAUUUUACAGGAUAUUUGGACGCUUCGAACUCAGUAGCAGUCAAUUCGAUCGAGAGCAGUUGACUUCAUUAAUGCACUUUCCUGUAAUAGGCGAGUGUUUGGGAUGGAGAACGACGGAUUGUGAAGAACUGUAUGGCGACUUAGGCCAAAGAAUAAUGACAAAAGAACUGGCUCGGGAUAUCUUGCUUGUCCUACCCUGUAUGUUAUUUUCGACGUGCAGAACGGAAUACAGAAUCACCCAGAGCACAAGACACACAAUAAAAGCUUUUAGGAGACAGGGCAGGGCCAAUCUCCUCAAAGCUGAGCAGAACGGGGAAGACGGAGCCUUUAAACUUUCCUUUACUGGAAACAUAACAGGCCCCAGAACAGGCACAGAAUUCGUCUUCAAAACAUACUUCAAAGGUUCGUCUUUCAGUCAUUACGCCAUUCACCCAGCCGAUUGGCCAGAGUAUUUACUGGCUGUUGAUGGACGAAGUUUGGUCGUAAAGAGACCACACAAUUCAACAACGGAACUGACGAGAAAGAACUAUGGGUUUUUGAUGAAGGAUCUUGAGUUCAAAUAUUAUGAUAAUAAACAGAACAAAGACGUGAAACAUGAGCUGACAGUAAUAGUCUCCAAAGCCAGUCGCCUCCCGAUUGAAAGUACUACGGAUGGUCGCGUCCUUUUGGGCUCUAACUGGAUGGACUUCAGAACAUGGCUCUCUCUUUAAGCGCUCAUUAAUUAAUUAUUUCAGUGGGAAUUUCUCCGAUUGAUAAACAAAUACAUUUGUAAUUAUAUAGUUUUACGUUCAUUCACUUGGCCCGCUCCAAGCAAAUUUAUUUUAAAAAAGUACUGAAGUGUCUUGAUCUAGUGAAACAUAACAGUAGAAAAGUUCUUAUAGAGCACUUUUACAUGGAGUAUUGUGAGUCACGAAAGCAAUCAAAGCAUAGGGCUGAAUAACAAGGAGAAAAUGAGAACUCGCCGAAUAUGAUGGGAAUAAAAUAAACCUUUAAGGAAUGAAGUGUGAAAAACGCAAGUGACCAUGUGACGAUUGGUAUCAGUUUCGCAUUUGAUUGGUUGAGAGAGUGAGCGAGCGUGGUGAAGAGAAACAAAAGCGAUACACUUA